AUGUCACAGAGUCGGCCUGGGCUGUUCCCAAGUUUGCGCAUGGGUGAGGUCAUCCGCGAAAAGGUCCAGGAUGGACUCACCGGCGAAGCCAAGGAGAUCUCGUACACCCAGUGCAAGAUCGUGGGCAAUGGAUCGUUCGGUGUGGUAUUUCAAACCAAGAUGGCCCCCAGCGGCGAGGAUGCCGCCAUCAAGAGAGUCCUCCAGGACAAGCGCUUCAAGAAUCGUGAGCUGCAGAUCAUGCGGAUUGUGCGCCAUCCAAACAUCGUUGAGCUGAAGGCCUUCUACUACUCCAACGGCGAUAGGAAAGAUGAAGUGUACCUCAAUCUCGUCCUCGAGUAUGUCCCGGAAACCGUGUACCGAGCCUCGCGGUACUUCAACAAACUCAAGACGACCAUGCCCAUGCUGGAGGUCAAGCUCUACAUUUACCAACUGUUCCGGUCGCUCGCCUACAUCCAUUCUCAAGGCAUCUGCCAUCGUGACAUCAAGCCCCAGAAUUUGCUCCUGGAUCCGAACACCGGCAUCCUGAAACUCUGCGAUUUCGGCUCCGCCAAGAUUCUCAUCGAAAAUGAACCCAACGUUUCCUACAUCUGUUCACGUUAUUAUCGGGCCCCCGAGUUGAUCUUCGGAGCCACCAACUAUACCACCAAGAUCGAUGUCUGGUCGACUGGUUGUGUGAUGGCCGAACUGAUGCUGGGACAACCCCUCUUCCCCGGCGAAUCGGGCAUUGACCAACUGGUGGAGAUCAUCAAGGUUCUUGGGACUCCCACUCGCGAACAGAUUCGGACUAUGAAUCCGAAUUACAUGGAGCACAAGUUCCCUCAGAUCAAGCCCCAUCCCUUCAAUAAGGUGUUCCGCAAGGCGCCCCCGGAGGCCAUCGAUCUCAUUUCGGCUCUUUUAGAAUACACCCCCACCCAGCGGUUGUCGGCGAUCGAGGCCAUGUGCCAUCCCUUCUUCGAUGAGCUGCGGGAUCCGUCUACCCGGCUACCCGAUUCCCGUCACCACAAUAACCCCGCCAAGGACAUGCCCAGUCUAUUUGAUUUCUCACGACACGAACUGUCCAUUGCGCCUGAACUCAAUGCCCAACUGGUCCCUGCUCACGCGCGCCCGGCUUUGGAGGCCCAAGGGCUCGACAUCAACAACUUCAAGCCGCUGUCGAAGGAGGAAAUGAUGGCUCACCUCGACUGA